AUGAACACCUCCACGACGGCCGCCAUAGAACCACCGUAUGUCACCGACAACGAGUGCCCGCAUAGAACCAGCAACAACUUAUUUGUCAUCGCAUUUUUCCUCACUGUCUUCCUAAUGUUCACCAUCACCUACGCAUGUUACUUCUUCAAGCGGUCAAGAUCACCCCUGCCACCGCCCAACCUUUCUUUUGGUCGUGUAACCAUCACUAAUUAUGACGAAGCACACGAUAACCAGCUCCUACGAUUCUCUCGAGGCCUUGAUGACGAUGUUCUUUUGGCUUUUCCAAUGUUUAUUUACUCUGACGCCACGAUAGCUCAAAAGGGUGACAACGCCAUGACUACCAUUGAUACCAAGUGUCUACCUUCUGGUUGCUCAAUAUGCUUGGCUGAUUAUAAACAAGCAGACGUCGUUCGGCUAUUACCAGAAUGUAGACACUUGUUUCAUGUUAAGUGUAUAGAUACAUGGUUGAAGGUUCAUCCAACUUGUCCUGUGUGCCGGAACUCCCCCCUUGCCGGUUUUGUAGCAGUAUCAAUACAAGGAAGUUGA